AUGAGCACUCAAUAUUUGAAACUCGAUGGCUACAAAGACUACCCAAGAUUCCAGAUCAAAUUCGUGAAGAGAGGAAGCGACUACUACGACUUUGAGCUCUCCUGCAAAUGCAAAAUCCAAGUGCCAGACAUCCGUAUUAGAGACCGAUUUUGUAUGGGGACACUAAUGGAUGACAUUUACUGCGUUUUCAUGGACACGAUUGCAGCUGUCUACAAGGGAACCCUUGUUACGAAAGAGGAAUCUCUCUGGAACGACCCGGAUUUUAGACCAGCAAGGCAUCUUUUCUGCAGCAAGGAUAAGAAGCUAACUGACCAUGUCGGAACUUUCAUCAAACGCAGGCGACGAAUGCUGAUCAAGAAACAGGGGCCUGUUGAAGGAAGAAAUUGCUCUUGCUGUCUCUUUGGGAACGAUCACAUGCAAGCGAAGAUGCACACGCAUCUUUUCAUGAACACUGUAUUCGAACCUACUCCUCAAUCAUCACCUGACAGAUCCAACGAAUUCAAGAGACUUCCAAAGUCUGUAAAGAAAGUGGUCUUAUGUGCGCCAAAACUAGACACACCAGAGGAAAAGAAGGUGGAGGAUACUGCAAUCAACAAGGACCAGCAAGUCAAGCGCGAGAAGAAAUUCGUCAAGAAAAAACCAAAUCAAGGAAAAGCACCAAACAACAUCCGCAAGACAAAGAAACCACCGCGCUUGUAA